CGGCCGGGUAACUUUCUUGUGCUCUCCUUGUGCUCCACUCCCGCUCUACCUAUCUGCCCUCCCUCUGCUCUCUUCUCUCUACAAUACUCUAUAUAUAUAAACAUGGACGCACCGGCGGAGAUCACACGCUGCAUAUGCGGCCACGACGAGCUGCAGACCGACGAUCCGGACAUCGACUCGGGCCUGUUCAUCCAGUGCGACAAGUGCCAGGUGUGGCAGCACGGCUACUGCGUCGGCAUCGGCUCGGACGACUCGUUACCUGACGACUACGCUUGUGAAAAGUGUAGGCCUGAGUUGCAUCUUAUUGUCGUGAGACCGUCUGGGCGCACUUCGAAAUACAUCCCCCUCCUCGAAAACAACCCUCCCCCGCCCCGCAAAGAACGCGAACGCCCGACACGAGAACGUUCCGCGCGCGCCGAAUCCUCAACCUCAACCACGGGCGGCAGCACAAGCACCGGCACGACCUCCUCGCGCCGACAGACCGCCGCCGCCGCCGCCGCCGCCG